GUUCACAUCUGACUGCCGUGGCAGUGGCUCUGUUUGUUGCCAUCGACGGCUACACCCUGAGGCUCACCAAAAACAGCCACAAAAAAACAACCAUUUCCUCUCCAUUGAUGGGGGAAAAAACUUCCUCACAGCAGAGGUUCGGCUUUCCGGCUGCGGUUGUGCCAUUCAGAGUGCAGCCAGAGCAGCACAGAUUCCUCAGAAUAGGAUUCCUCGGAACACGCUGGGUCGUCCCGGGCUCCUUUGGGAUACUUGCUGUUUCGCUCAGGAUUUGCUUCAGCUUUAAGAAAGAGAUUUUGCUGCACUUGAGGGGACAUGUUCUGAAUCCUACAGCUCCAAACCAUUUCUGAGCCAUCCCUACUUAACACGAAUCUUCGCCUGCCUUGCUACCUGCGCUCCAGAAGACUAAGGCCGAGCGAAUUUGCAAGUGCCUUUGUUUCGGCCGGUCACCUCGAGAACGCUGCAACAUUGCCGGUCAACAUUUGCCCCAGAAAGAAUGCACCUUCUUGCCUUUUGGUUCUUCGCCAGGUUGGCUCUGCUCAAAGUGCAAGAAGGGGGAUAAAGCGCAAGACGAUAUUCUGGAAAGUACAGCCCCGCUGGUUUUUUCUAUGGAUUUUCCCUGUUUGAGACAAGCAUUCACCUUUGUGCACUCAGAAACAUCCUAGGAGUUGACUUUGAGAAUGAACGGUGAUGUUCUCUAGCCAUUCAUAACUCCGUUUGGUGCCCACCUUCUGUCUGAAGGUCCGAGUCAAUGUGCCACGGCUGACGGGAACUCUUGGAUCUUCUAAAGAGAGGCUCACCACAGGCCGAUGACAGUCAGCUAUGACUGUCCAGAAACUGGUCGCCACAGCUGUGUUGGUGGCUCUGGUCUCGCUUAUUCUCAACAACGCCGCUGCCUUUACCCCCAACUGGGUAUACCAGACCCUGGAGGACGGGCGCAAGCGCAGUGUAGGGCUGUGGAAGAUGUGCUGGCUUGCAGAGAAGGGAAGAGGAGGCGCGGGCACAGGUGCCAGGCACGGGCAAGGGGAGGAGCGCGAGUGCGAAUCUUUGGGCUGGGGUUCGGAGCCAGCAGGGUUCCAGGAAUCUCGUAGCACCGUCAAAUUGCAGUUUGACAUGAUGCGGGCCUGUAACAUGAUUGCCACCGUCGCUCUGACCGCUGGUCAGCUCCUCUUCAUGCUGGGCUUGGUGGAAUUGCCCAUCAUUUCCCAGGAUACCCAGUGGUGGGAGGAAGCCAUCGCUGCGGUGUUCCAGCUUGCCAGUUUCGUGCUGGUCAUUGGGAUGGUGACGUUCUAUCGCAUUGGACCUUACACCAGCUUGUCCUGGUCCUGCUACCUGAACAUUGGGGCGUGUCUCCUGGCCACAGCAGCUGCCGCCAUCCUCAUAUGGAACAUCAUCCACCGACGGGAGGACUGCAUGGCACCCCGAGUCAUCGUCAUCAGCCGCACCCUGACGGCUCGUUUCCGGCGUGGCUUGGAGAACGACUAUGUUGAGUCACCGUGCUGAGAAGCCAUGCGCGAGAGGGGAAGCUCACCAGGGAAGAUUUACAAAUGGAUCGCUUUACAUAAAUAUGCCAUGUAAUUUAAACAUUGAAGAGCGGGGACAUGACAAUUCACUUUCCAAUUACAGAGGCCUGACAUUAUUAACAGGCUGGCCCAAACCAACAUAUAUAUGUAUAUUAUACACCACCCUCUUCAAUGAUGUACAGUGUAAAAAUAUUAACAGAUCAACUACCUUGAUGGAACGUCAGGUGCAGGCCAAGGAGACUGAAACUGUGGAAGACUAAAAUUAGUUUGGCCGAAUUGUGGGAACAUGGGGUGGAAGAGGCAAUCCAAUAUUCUGAGUUCAAUCCCUUAUUUUGAAGAAGGUUAUCCCGAGAAAAGAACAAGGUUAAGAGCAUAACUACAAAAAUGACCCUUCCUUGGAAUCAAUGACAUGAGUGGCAUCUAAAAGGAGGCAUAUGCUUGGCCAAAAUCACUUUUGUGCUCCAUUUCACACAACCUGUUUAUCAGGGAUUACCAGCUGACUUCAAGGGCACUGACGAUCGAUUGCAAAAACAGUGUGGCUGCAGCGGUAUUUCCCGCAUCACAACUUGGCAAAGGCUGCUGGGGGAAGUGGAUGACAUCUUGUGAAUUUUAUCAGUUACACUCUGAGACUCCUGUAAUGCAUCUGCUUGAGGGUUGUGCUCCUGUUUUUGUCUUGAAUGAACUCCCCCAGUCAACACCGAACAAUUUCCUUCAUAAAAGAAUCAAGCUGGCUCUUGCGAAUUGCAGUGGCAACGUGUUAGGUUUCAAAUAAAAGAGUAAGCCACAGUUGCUACUCAGCCUCUAGGCCAAGAACUAGGUGGCUAACACAAAGCCCGUGGGCCAUACACAGCCCUCCAAAGAUUUAGAUCCAUGGGCACAGGCUGCAACGUAGCAUUCAUUUACUAUAAUUCUCCCAAGCAUUAGAUUGAGCACAAACAGGGAAAGAUCCAAAGGAGUAGACACACAGGGGGUCCCUAAAGAGACACCCACUACAUUUAAGCCACUUCAAGUUCACAAGAAACAUUCACACUCCUCAACCUGAUUGCCUUUGUUUCUAAUGCGUCCCACAGAUACCUUGCUAGACAGCAGCCCUCUAAUUUUAUACUCCUAAUCCCCCUCCCUCUGUAGCUCCAGAGACAUAAUAAUUCAGUCAUCAGUGCUAGGUUCAUAUGUUAAGGUUUUCAAAGGCCAAUCACUCUGUUUACAUCUAAGUGUGAAAAAAAACCCACCUAAGUCAGAAUAAGAAUAAUACAGCACAAGGGCCGGGUAUAAAUAGUUUGGAAUCCCCGGAAGCAGGGCAUGAAAACUGUUGCUGAAAACUACAUCAUGCAGUAGAAAGCUAUCGUUCUGUGCGCUGGGCAAGUGGCCUUUUGCCCCCUUGACUUCAAGUGCCCACCACCCUUCACUCCACAAGAAGUUCCCAGAGUUCCUUUUAAAAUGUCUUGUGAGAACCAUCUCCCUGGGGCUUCGGGCAGUUCAUAUGGCCAAAAGAUCAGGUUGUCUUCCCAUCUGCCUCGUUUGCUUUCUGGAAAAGCCCGCUAUUUCUUGAAACAAAAUGUGCUCUUGUAAACUGCAAUGUGUUGCUUUUUUUAAGAUGAAAAAUAUUGGAAUAUUUAAGCUAUAUUAUUUCUGCUAUUACUGCAAUAAUCCCAUUAUUAUUAUUACAUUGUGAAAUUAAAACCAAUAUUGACCAUGCGGUCAGUUCCGCUGUA